ACUUGGGCAUAGCCUGAACAGAAUUGCUAUGCUUGUUGAAAGCAAUGCCACCAUAGAAGGAGACAAAGCAACAGCAAAAGAGGCCAGCAGCUUCCAGAAAAUCUAUAGCUCCAGAUGGCAUGAGUAUAUUUCAGCCACAGCUCGGCGAACACUGGAGGAAGCCAAAUGGAACUCUCCUCAGUUGCUUCCAUUCACCGAAGAUGUUAAACGUCUUCACUUGUAUCUUGAUGAGCAAGAGCACCAUUACCGUAAAAUGCUGUCAGCGGAGCCUUCAUCUCAGCACUGGUCACAAUUAGCAAAGGUCACACUGACGCAAAUGAUGCUGUUUAAUCGGAGACGUGAAGGAGAAGUUUCUCACAUGCCCUUGUCUGCAUACACUUCCAGAGAUGCAUCAGAUCCUCAUCCAGAUGUUUGCCUGGCCCUCUCAGAAUUGGAAAAGAAGCUCUGUCAACACUUCAAACGAAUAGAGAUCAGAGGCAAAAGAGGCAGGAAGGUUGCUGUUCUUGUAACUCCAACAAUGCAAGAAUCACUUGACGUGCUCGUAAAGAAUCGAAGUAAAUGUGGAGUACUUCAGGAAAAUAUCUACCUCUUUGCACGCCCUUUUGCAAUGACCUGCUUUCGAGGCUCAGACUGUAUCCGGGAUUUUGCAAAGGCUUCUGGUGUGAAAAAUCCCAGCACACUCACCUCUACAAAGUUAAGAAAACAGAUUGGAACCCUCUCGGAAGUGUUAAACCUCAGCAACACAGAGCUGGAUCAGUUGGCUGAUUUUCUAGGCCAUGACAUUCGUGUGCAUCGUCAGUUUUACCGCUUACCUGAGGGCACCCUCCAACUGGCUAAACUGAGCAAAAUUCUCCUAGCAUUUGAGAAGGGUCGCUUGACAGAAUUCAAGGGGAGGAAUCUUGAUGAAAUCAACAUUGAUCCUGAUGAGCAAGUUACAGUGGACAGUGAAUUGGAAGAGCCUGAAAGCAGUACGACCGAGUGUGAUGCACCCAUGUCAUUGCCACAAGACAAUGCAGGGCAAUUUGACGAGGAGGGAGACCAAGUGCUGAGGUCAAACAAAAAAGUGAGAGAGUGUGAUGCAACUUUGUCCUUACCACAAGUCAGUGCAGGGCUAAAUGACGGUGAGACAGGCCAAUUGCUGAGGUCAAUUAAAAGAAAGAGAGGUCCCUGUAAGAGAACACCCUGGAGUGUUAAUGAAAUCCAUGCUGUGGAGAACCACAUGAUGAGGUUCAUUCAAAGCUGGAAAGUUCCAGGAAAAGCUGACUGUGUUCGCUGUAUAGAAGCUGAACCACUGGCACUUAAAAACAGAGACUGGUUAGCUGUUAAGUUCUACGUAAAAAAUCGCAUCACAGCAUUGCAGAGACAGGUGUAAGACUUGGUCAACACAUACUGUAUCUUGAAUGGAGAAUCUCCAGAGCUUUAUUAUUUAACUUAAAUUGUUAAUUUUGAUGGUUUUCUUUGGUCUGGUUAAUCUGGUCAUGUGGACAAGGUUGUUCAAGGUAAAAGGUUUAUUGCAAGAUGCAUAUUUGUUAGAGUUGCUGCAGUAUGUUCUUAACUUUUCUACAUCUAAUACCUAUUCUGCUACUAAUAAAUACGUCUCUAAACUAAUGCAUCUAUCUGGAAUAGUAAUUUUGUUUGCAUUAAGAAGAAAAAAGCAAUGUUCCUUCUCAGCAUGGAACUGGUCCUCACAAAGAAUGAAAACGGGUGAUGUGUGUAAUGAUGGUCCUCAGAUAUA